GCAUGCAGCAAAUUGCUUUUACUUUCCUUCUUUCUUUUCCAUUGUGUUUGAAAUAAGGGCUAAAUUUAUUUUUCUUGCCAUAUAUUACAUAGCACAGUCACUUUUUUCUGUAAAUCUUAUGCACCAGCUGUUUACCAGACAGCUACAACACCUGUGAGUUCCUGUAAAUCAUCUGACUCAUGUGAUUCUUUUUCUAACUCACUUCUUCAUUUCUGCUGCCAGCUCAGUGCACAAGGUUCCCCAAUGCUGUCCCGAAUAUAUACAACCCUUCGUUUCGUCACUUGGAACAUUCGUGGGGUUAAAAGCACCCCGAAUUUACCAAAAAAGUUUGCAAAUGUGUUGAGCAACCUCAAUAACCUUCGGGCUGAUAUUGCCUUCAUACAAGAAACACAUAUUGGACCAAAGUGUUACAAAAUAUUGGAAGAUGAGACAGGAAAAGACUGGAAAAUCUUCUUCACUGUGCACAGCUCCCGCAGCAAAGGAGUUGCCAUACUGAUAAGAGACAAAGUACCAUUUGAGUACAUUUGCCAUGAUGAGGACUACAGUGGAGGUUACAUUGUGCUCUUCUGUCAUCUGUAUGGUGAACUGUACACUCUUGUUAAUGUGUACAAUCACAAGUCAGACAGAAAUGUCUUGGGUAGACUGAAAGAGUACUUGAUGGAAACAGCUGAGGGUGUGCUAGUGGUUGGAGGUGAUUUCAACACAGUUUUGCAUCCCAGAUUAGAUCGGAGACCUCCAUCUUCAAGGAAUUCACGAUUAAGAGAUAAAUUAGAAGACUUUACUGCAUCUCUGAAUCUCAGAGACAGCUGGUCAUUCUUACACUCAACUGAUGAUGGAUUUACACGAUAUCAGAAUGGGUGUUACUCCAGGUUAGACAUGUUUUUUAUGGCAGAGGACAAAAUAGAAAGGGGGUGUAAAAUUAAGAUACAGAGUGAUGAUAUUUCUGAUCAUGAUCCUGUUGUUCUAAAAGUCAGAGUCCAGAAGCAGUCCCAAAAUAAAAUUCCAAUUGUAGCGUCAAUGCUGAAAGAAUUUAGAUAUGAUCCUGACAGGAGACCAGGGAAGAUUAAUGGGGCAGAAAUACUGAGUGCCAUGAAGUCUUUGACUGACUCAGAAAAGCAACGAUCUAAUCAGUUGGAAAUAGAAUAUUACAAAAGGUUUCAAUGUCCAAUAACAGAAUUAUUAAAGAUAAAAUUCAAUCUCAUGGUAAAGAACAAACAUGUACCUGAAGCUUUCAAAGAAUCUCAUCUUUCAGGUGACAGACACAUCAGUGUGGACUAUUUAAUAUUCUCUCGACUUUUGGCCAAACGCCUCAGUGCUUUCAUUACCCCUUCUUUCAAGAGAAGAAAGAUACCAAAGGUGGACACCCUCCUCAUUAUGACCUUUGAGAUCUGCACCCAAAAAAUCAGGUGGUCCUUCCUGGAACAAAGUCUUCUUUGGAAUCUGAAACAAAUCCCCUCUGCACCACCACCAGACUUCAGCAUUCUGGACUGCUUUCUUCCUGAAGUCCAAGGUUCUUCUGGGGAACUCAGACUUUUGCAGCCUGGCUGUCCAUUCACCAACACUAUCCUCAAUAUGGCUCUGACACAGCUAGAAGAUCUCAUUCUCAAAACUGAGACCCAGUGCAGGACCUUUGUUUGUUAUCAAAGACAGGCUCUGUUCAUAGAUGUACAGUCAAGCCGACAUCAUAGAGUUGUUAAGAUAGCAGAGAAAUUUAACAAAUAUUCAGGGAUUAAUAUCAAAGUGUCUAUGGAAGGCCUUUGACUGUAAACAUUUCUAAGCACAACCAUUCUGACAAACUGUAGUCAUAAGUUCAAAUCAGAAACUACACAAAUGCCCAGGUACCAAACGUCCAUUUUGGGUAUUUAUGUUUAUGUUAUGUUGGUUGGGCCUGUGUUGGCAAGGUCGAUUUUAAGGUUUAUGUAUGCUGGUGGUCCAAUAUUGGCCCAGUGGACAAUAUCACAUUUACCCAAUCUUGGCCCAAGGUCAGUUUGCUAACUGGCUAUUGACUAUCUAAUGACUAAAUGAAAAAAUUGUAAUCCAAAUUAAAGAAGCAGAAACAAGAAAAUUAAAAACAAGAUAAACAAUGUUCACAGUUAUAUUGGUUCUCAUGCAAGAAAAAAAAAAAAAAGAAAAAGAAAAAUUGGUGAGUUGCUCAUUGGAGAAAUGUGAACCACUUCCUACUACAUAACAAUGCCAAAUGUGUACUACACCAACUGUUCAUUUCUAAGCAUUGUUAUACUUCCAGUGUUCCAUAUAGUGCUCUGACACAUAGAUUGUUUAAUUGUAUUGAGUUAAAUAUUUUGGUUUUCUCUCUCUCUCUCUCUCACUCACUGUCUCUCUCUCACUGUGCUUAUUGUCCUUUUCUCUCUUGGAUCUGUAAAAAUGUGAAAAAUUACCUUAUCUGAAAUAUGUGCAUUAUUAUUAUUAUUAUUAUUAUUAUUAUUAUUAUUAUUAUUAUUAUUAUUAUUGUUGUUGUUGUUGUUGUUGUUGUUGUUGUUGUUGUUAUUUUGUUGUACUUAUGUAUGAUAUUUCGAUUAUUACUUAUUACUGCUGAGCCCCUAUUGAACCCCCCAAUAUAUACAAACACUGUCCACCUGAAUAAAACACCUGUACACCUGCUCAUUUAUGCAGUUAUCCAAUCAGCCAGUAGUACCAGAUGGGCUGGUAGUGACAGUUCUGUGGGCGGAAAUGUCUUGUUGAUAAGUGAUGAUGAAGAAGAAAAUGGCCAGAUUGGUUCAAGUUGCCUGUAAGGAUAUAGUAACUCAAAUAAUCACUCUUUACAACCAUGAUGAGCAGAAAAGCAUCUCAGCAUGCACAACACAUCAAACUUAGUUGUGGAUCGGCUACAACAGCAGAAGACCACAUUGGGGUCCACACCUGUCAGCCAAGGACCGGAAUCUGAGGCUAUCCUGGGCAUAAGUUCACCCAAACUGGAAAGUUGAAAGAUUAGUCAAAUUGAGCUACUUAAAAAAAAUACUCUACAGCUGCCAGGAUCUUGUUUGAUAGCAAAUAAUUGGAUUUAAUUAAAUACAUUUCUGCAAACAAGGGGAAAAUUCAGUAAAAAUUAUAUAAUAUAUUAUAGGAAAUAAAGUGAGUAUAUUCGUAUGUAAAUUGUGUAAGUUCUUUGAGUAAAUCUGAAUGUGUCAGUGCAAUACUGGAUUAUUAACAGUAUGAAUUAUAAAGUGAGUCCCUGGUGGUCCAGCAGUUAAGGAUCCCGCACUCUCACUACCGCAGCCCGGGUUCGAUUCCCGUGCAGGGAAAACCCAGCCACUGGGGGUUGUACUUAGUGCCGGUCCCAAGCCCGGAUAAAAUAAGAAGGCAUCCAGCAUAAAACCUGUGCCAAAUCAAAUGUGCUGACCAAUGAUCUGCUGUGGGGACCCCUAACAGGAGCAGCUGAAAGAACAACAACAACAACAACAUAAAGUAUAAACUGAAUAAAGCCUUGUAUACACAAAUCCUCUUUGUGAUGUGAAAGUGCCACUGCAAUAUUGGAGUAUUAACCCCAGAGAAGAGUAAUGUAAUGUAUGGUGCAAACCAUGUAAAACAGUAGAUAUGAAACCAUGGGUGUGCAGCAAAGUAACUUUGAUCAACAGAGCACCCAAAGUUGUACAGUGGAAUAAUAUGAUAAGUAGCAUCAGUGACAUAAAUAGAAAUUAAGUGCAAAAAUGUAACAUACAAUAUGCCCAAUGAACAUAUUCUAAGAGUAGGCUCUAAUGCAUAAUAAUGUCCAGGAACAAUGAUGAAUUGUUGUACAAGGUGAUGGCUGUUCCUAUUCUAUUCUUUAUUACAGCUGAGCUGAAUUAGUCUUUAACUGAAGGUGCUCCACUGUUUGACCAAUAGGGUAUGGAGGGGAUGUGAUACAUCAUCCGGGAUAGAUAAUGGUUUUCUGAAUCUUCCCGCAAUCAUAUUAAAACCAGCCUUUCUUUAUCAGUUUGUUUUACCCUGCCUUGCUUCUCUGGCUUUAACUUGUACUUGAAGUCACUGGUGUACAGGGUGAAGAGGAAUGGGGAUAGCACAGUUCCCUGUGGUGUUCUGGUGCUGCUCAGUAACCACUCAGACAGGCAGCUCCACAGCCACACAAACUGAGGUCUGUCUGACAGAUACUAUAGUCGUCUUCUUCUCCUGCUUCUUCUUUUUCAGCAGUUUCUUCAGGUCUUUGGUGAUCCCAGGCUUGUUUUUAAGAAAACAGCCUACCCCUCUGACAGCAAUUAUAGUAUCAGUGCAAAAAUUAAUUUAACACAACAUCCUUCAAACAAUGUGGUAAUCAAAUCAGAUCACAUCGAACUACUAACUUAACUAAACUCGAGUCUCGGUGAGUUCACAGUCCCUCGGUUUACCAAGUACCG